AUGCCCUGGAAUUACUUCGUACAGGACUGCCCUUUCGCAUAUUACAACACCGAUCCCGGCUCAUGCGUCCUGCGCCUCUCAGCCAUCCCACUAUAUAACUCCAUCAAACCCGCCAUCUCCCGACAUAAUCUCUGCUGGUUUUCACACCUCGCCAUCAUGUGUCGAAUGGUGGUAUUCGCUGGCACUUGCACCAAAUGUGGCGAGGCCAACACCUGGGAGGAACUUUCCCAGGCCCUAUCUUGCUUGGAAGCAAAAAAUAACGGCGGUAUGGGUGACUGCGCAAAUGGUGUCAACAUUGAGCAGCACAAGUUCGACCAGGAAUGCGAUCGCUGCUCCCAAGAAGACGAGGGGCUCGGCGGUGUCGGCCUUUACGAGUCACCUCAAAGGUUCCUCAAAGAGGCAGCGAACAUGAACCCAACUCAUCCAAAUAACGACUCUCCUCACUCUCCCCACAACGACCCCCAGAAUAUACAUACAAGAAACCCACACAGAUCUGAGCCCGAAGCUCGCUAA